AUGGCAACCUCCCAGAGUGACCAGGAAACUUACCCGCUGCACUCUCUUCCUCUCCCCCCAAUCUACAUAACCGAUCCCAACGUCGCGAACAACUGUCUUUCAGCCCUCCCACAUGGCCCAAUUGGUUUCGACCUUGAAUGGAAACCCUGUUAUCGCAAGGAUCAGCCACAGAACCGCGUAGCCCUCAUACAGCUCGCGGCGGCUGACUGCGUUCUGCUCCUCCACAUAUGCAAGAUGAGAGAAAUUCCACACAAGAUUAGAGACGUACUAAAUGGUUCACAAUGGAUAAAAGUUGGCGUCAACAUACAAGAGGACUGUAAAAAAUUAUACAGGGAUUAUCGCCUUAGCGUUCGUAAUUGUGUUGACCUGUCGUUAAUGGCUCGGUCCGUCGACAACGCCCGAUGGAAGGGGCGCUAUACCAAUCCCAUCGGCUUGGCAAGACUUCUUCAAACCUACCACGGGACAACCCUUCAUAAAGGAAGAACCCAACGAAGCAACUGGGAACUUCCUCUUUCGUCUACCCAGCAAAUUUAUGCGGCCAAUGACGCACACGCUGGCUACACUAUUUAUACCCAUCUGCAGACCAUCGCGCAGACCAUGACUCCACCUCCUCACCUGGAUUGCUACUCGUUUAGUUGCGUUAGUGGUCAAUUGUAUGAUCGCGUCAACCGCUUUGCUUGGGCACCCAACAAUCCGAAUUAUGACCCCGGACCGCCCCCGCCCCCAAAGAACAAGACCCCUCAAAGGGUCAAAUCCCAGAAUGCAGUUCCGACGACUGCAGACGCCGCGGAGUCCUUGGGGGAAUUAUCAAUGCCACCCGUAGGGAGUGUACUGCGACAAGGCAUUUCUCCUAAGCGACGACGUCGAUGA